ACUCCACACUCUCCUCACAUCCACCAACUCUCCACCCAAUCUCCUCUCAAAAACCCACCAAAACAACCCACUCACAUUCACCGUCCACCCAGAUUUAACUGUCAUCCUUCCAUUUAUACCCUCAGCCAUUCUAAACACUCAGCCAAUAAUCCAGCAUUCUACUGCCCAUUCACUCCCCCUCCUCUUUCAUUCCACUUACCAUGUAUCUCCUAUACAAGCAGCACUUACCAUAUAUACACUAAUACAUGAACAUCACAGACUGCAGUUCCACCCCAUAGCAUUUGGCUUGUUGGUGCCAAAAUGUUUUAUCCUGUCUUCCCAUGCUUUUUAAUGUACAUGAAACUGGCUGAAGGCAUCAGUGUGCAGAGUAUACACAGCUCUGCCUUUCUUUACCAUCUUCUGAUCCCAGGGAGGUGAUGAAGACUCCAAACCAAUACCUAGUAUCAGUUCAGGAAUGGAUAGGGGACAACAGGCUGAAGCUUAAUCAAGAGAAAAUAUUUAUGUCAUGUUGGUUGGGAAUUAUGCCCUCUAUUACUAGGGGUACAGCUUGUUCUGAAUGGAGUUAUACUCCCUCUGUAGGCUCAGGCAUGUGGCUUGGGGUAAUGAUCCUGGAUGUCCAGUGGCAAUGGUAGCUAGGAGUGAUUUUUUAUAGGCUUCAGUUGGUUUGUUAACUGUGGCCUUUCUUAGGGAAAUUAGACCUGGCCUCAGUCACCCAUGCUGUAGUUACAUCCAGGUUGGAUGACUAGCAACACUUUCUAUGUCGGGCUGCCUUUAAAGAUGACUCAUUAAAUAGCAAUUGAUCCAAUCUUCAGCUGCCAGAAUGGUGAGUGACAUUCUGGCCUGAAGGUCCAACCAUAUUACUCUGAUAUUAUACCAUCUCUACUGUAUUCCUUUUUUAUUUUGGGCUCAACUUAAAAUGUUGCUCUUGAGCUUUACAGCCCUAAUUGACCCACCUCCUCCCAUAUGAAACUGAACAAGCCCUGAGAUAAGCUUUAGAGCCAUCACUAUGUUCCAUCAUUCAUAUUCAGUGGGCAGUUGCAGGGGAAUGGGCCUUUUCUGUGGUGGCACCGAAGCGCUGAAGUGCCUUCCCAGAGAAGAAGAUGGCCUUGAUUCCUUAUGAUGAUGCAGCCCUUGGGGGAAUGCAGAAGUUACACAAAUCUUUCUCUACAUACUGCUUUGCCAACCACACCAUCCAGAUCCAGCAGAAGUGGAAGCAGCUGGGUGUAGCUGCUGUGGUGUGGGAUGCGGCUGUGGUUUUGUGCACUUUCUUGGAGAUGGGAGGUAUUGAUCUACAAGGCCGAUUGGUGAUUGAGUUAGGAGCUGGAACAGGCUUGCUGGGAAUUGUAGCCACAUUACUUGGUGCUCAUGUUACGAUCACAGACAGAAAGGCAGCCUUGGCACUACUUGAGUCAAAUGUACGAGCUAAUCUACCUGUUGACCUCCAGCCAAGGGCAGCAGUGAAGGAACUGACUUGGGGACAAAACUUGGCAAGCUUCUCUUCAGGAACGUAUGACUUUGUUUUGGGUGCAGACAUAGUUUACCUGGAAGAAACAUUUGGAGAUCUUCUUCAGACACUGGACCAUCUCUGCUCUGACAAGACGGUGAUCCUGUUAUCGUGCCGACUCCGCUAUGAGCGAGACCAGAAGUUCUUGAAGAUGCUGAAUGAACUAUUUUCAGUACAUGAAGUACACUAUGACCCUAGUAAUGAUGUGCAUAUAUUCAAAGCACAGAGGAAUGUCCAGAAGGGAGAUUUGUGAUUUGUUGACUGGGAAUUCUUGUCUACUCAUGCUGCACUCCCCCCCGCCCAUCAUUCUUGAACCAAACAGCUUAAUUUAGAUUUCCCAUCCAGCCACACCUAUUUUUUUGCCAGUCUGAUCAUGAUAACUCAAGUAAUCCAACCAAAUUAUAAGUGGCCCAAUGAAUUAUUAAUGGACAAGGGCGAAAACUGCAGUUGAGGAAGCAUAUGUUGGCUCCACAUAAUUCAGAAAACUCAAUUAGACUCAAAAUAGUGCCAGUUUACUUCAGCUUCCCAGUGGGAAGCUGCUCAGAAGAUAGAUGUAAGGACAUCUGAAGGUGAGGCUCCUAGGUUUACCAUCCCCCAAUGGAACAGCAAUUCAAAGUUGUGCAGUUGAUUGGAAAAAAUACUGUGAUAACCACAAAGAAAUACUUUGUUAUAUUAUGUAAAACUUGUUUUACUGUUUAUGUACUUGGAGAGAAUAAAUCAGUUGGCAAACUUUCUACCAGGCCAACUGGAUAAUUAGUCAUACAGUGGGGAAAUAAUAUCCAAAGGCAAACAGAAGAGUUAUUGAUUUGCAUUCCUAAUAUGAUUUUUAAAUUCCUUUGAAUAUUCCAUCUGAAACUAAUCAGUCUAAAAUAAUUCAUUAUCUUAUUCACAGUAUUUCAGUUCAUAAAUAUUCUUCACAAUCCAUUUUAAAUCCACUCAAUUGGAAAUUUAUUCUGUAAUAUAUGUGCAAACCUGUUUUAUGAAUGCUUUUUCAAUAAUGCUUUCUUCAGAAUCAAGUUUAUCAUUUAUAAUUCAUCAUGGUGUGUUCUAGCGGUCCAGUAAUUUUAUUUAUUGAGUCUAAAGAUGACACAAAUCUGUGACAAUUCAUUUAAAUCAAUUUCAAUUAUUUAUCCCAAAGUAAAAUUGCAAUACAUGUGUUAAGUAAAUCAGUAAUCUACACACAGUAAAGCCUGCCCAUGCUAGUAUAAAUUUGCUAAUGUACAAUCAGACCCCCAAAAUCCAAAAUCAAUCAGUGCAUGAGUCCAAAUACGGUAAAAAGUCCAACUAAAAUUGAAGUCUCUUUCAAAUAGGAUUUAAAUAUCUAGCACCAACUGCAAGUCUUCUAAUAAGUUUUUUAAUGUCCAAAAUGGCUACACCCAUAGCCAUGGGUGUAUAUAUGCAAACAAUGUUUAUUCCAAAUAAAUUCCCCAGUGUCCACAAUCAGCUUCACAUAUACAGGUCAGGAUCAAAUAUAAGUCUGUCCUAUAGGAAAUUAAAUUCAUCUCAAAGUCCAAUUUGGAAUUGGUUAAGGUCUAAUUCAGAAUCAAAAUUCUUUCUGUUACAAGUGAAAGGUAAUAUUUCCUACAUAUGCUUUCCUUCGGCUUAGAUUUACUCCCAUAAUGAUCAACACAAAAGAUGAGUCAAUUUCUUAUUCAAAUGUCAUCCGAUGAAGGGGGGGGCGCAGUUUGUUGACUAUAAGCACGAUUGGAAAGUUAUUAAUAAAGUUCGUUAUCUCCUUCAUGA